CUAGUGUCAACUAAUGUGUUUGUUAUAAAAAGACUGAAACUGUAGUGAAGGAGUACAUUCAUAUAACCUUUCAUAAUGAACAAGAUAUCACAUGUUCUUGACCACAGUAAUGCCUUCAAAAAGCAACAGCUCAAAAGAAGAAGUGUAGAGUGGUGCAGUUUACUUGAAGAAACAACUUCUAAUAAUCUCACAUUUAACUCCAGCAGACGGAAUACAUCAUCUUAUGGCAAAAUGAACAUUCCUGGGAAACAUAGGAUGGACAGAGAAGAUGAAAAAGAGAUGAAAAUCUAUGCUAAUAUUGAUCCUAUAAACAGUUUUGAUGUCAGGACAGAAACAGAAAACUCAGACACUAAGAGACACCAAACUCCUCAACACACAGAAAUGGCUAGUGUGAGGAACAGAAGCUCCAGAGCAGCUCCAGUGUGUUUGGUGCUGCUGUGUGUUCUUCUGCUGACUGCAGUCAUAGUGCUGUGUGUCCAACUCUCUACAAACAACAGCACAAACUACACAGAAGAGAGAAAUGAGCUACUAACUAACAUCACCAACCUCACAGAAGAGAGAGACCAGCUACUAAACAAGAUUACUAACCUGACAGAAGAAAGAGAUGGGCUAAUAAUAAAGAACAAAAACCUGAAUGAGAGAGACCAGCUAAGAAAUGAACUUCAGAUUUGUGCUGAAUGGACUUGCUAUCAAUCUAGUCUUUACUACAUUUUCAAUGAGACAAAGAGCUGGACUGAGAGCAGAAGAUACUGUACAGAGAGAGGAGCAGAUCUGAUCACCAUAAACAACAGAGAGGAACAAGAUUUUGUUAAUAACAUAUCUGGUGCUGCUGUAGUCUGGAUUGGUCUGACUGACAGUGAUGUGGAGGGCAGAUGGAAAUGGGUUGAUGGCACCAACAUGACCUCUGGGUCCUGGGCGUCUAAAGAGCCUAAUGGAGGUACAAGAGAGAACUGUGUUGUGACUGUGGCUGUGCCUAAAUUGCCAGAGUGGCCUGGUUUAGUAGGAUGGCUGGAUGAAUCAUGUAAUAAAGCUCAUCAAUGGAUCUGUGAGAAGAAUAUUUCACAACUCACACUGCCAUAGGAACAUCAUACAUCUCUUUUGAUGCAAGUUUAACAGUACAAAACUUCUGUAAUAAUUAUCAUCUAAAGCAGUGUUUCUCAACCUUGCUCCUGGAGGACGCCCACAACGGCACAUAGGGCUGUGCAGUUAAUCGUAUUUUGAUUUUAAUUUCGAUUUUGGCUUUCAAUGAUUAUGAAAACAAGAUAAUGGAGGUAAAACGAUUACUGUACCGCUGCCGUAUUCCGUCCAACGCAACUUUCUUUCCUUCACAGCGGUACACUUUCAUUUCUCCCUACCCAAAAUGUAACAUCCAAAUCAGCCGAAUAAGAGAGUGAAAAACCUAAAGCACUGUUUAUUUCAUCUGUUUGUAAUUAGUUUCUUUGUUCUUAUUUUAUUGUUGACUGUUUACUUGUCCUCUGUAGCUGUUUUGAGGACUUUUUACAUACAUUAACCUAGUAUUAGUUUUUGCUAUAAAAUGGAUAAUUGUGAAAUUUUACUGACAUUAAAAUUUUGAUCAUAUCACCCACCAAUAAUCCUGUUAAAUAAUCGUGAUUUCAAUAUUGACCAAAAUAAUCAUGAUUAUGAUUUUUGCCAUAAUCGAGCAGCACUAACGGCACAUUUUGAAUGUCUUCUUUGUCAGACACCCAUUUCAUGUCCUGGAGUUUCUUGUAAUGAGCUGAUGAGUUGCACCAGGAUUAUUUGUACAUAUUUGUACAUUAUUCAGUUCUACAUCACCAGUGCAACUGUCCAGUACGAAGAAUAUAUAUUCUUAUAUAGUCUGAUAGUGAUUGUGUGUGUAUAUAUAUAUAUAUAUAAAUAAUAAUAAAGAGGAGCAACAAAACAUAUUACAAGCAAUAAACAAGGAGUGCUUUAUUUAAGAUUUUCUGAAUGUUUUCUUUCCUAUGUUUACUGUCGUUUGAUUGUUACAUCAUAGACAGUGGGAGAUCUAAUAAGUUGCAUUCACGCACGGAUCUCUUUUGAAAUAUAAUAAGUAAUGCAGUUUGUCCUGUCCAUUUAAUCCCUUAAGAAAAAACUGGCUGUGUUUACAUUAAUUUUGCAUCAUAAAACCAUUUUGAGACGCACAUAUUAAACCACUUACACAGAGUUGCGCACAGCCACAUGAGCGAGCACUCUUCACAAACAAAGCAUCAGCAUUUGAAAUUGAAAGCAGCCUUCUGUACGUGAGUUUCAUAUUUUAAAUAUACAGUGCCACUUGAAAGUUUGUGAACCCCUUACAGAAUCUGUGAAAAUGUGAAAAAUUUUAACAAAAUAAAAGAGAUAAUACAAAAUGCAUGUUAUUUUUUAUUUAGUACUGUCCUGAUUAAGAUAUUUUACAUAAAGAAGAACGCUGGGCAAUUUAACUGCUCAGAACAAACAAGGGACUCAUGAACAACCAUCACAAAACAAAAAAAAAAACAGUCGUGGAUCAUCCAGGUAACCACACACAGUAUUAAGAAUCAAUGGUUCACAAACUUUUGAACGGGGUCAUUUUAAUAAAUUCAGCUAUUUUUUGUCUUGUGAAUUAUAUGUAAACAUCUUUUAUGUAAAAUAUCUUAAUCAGGACAGUACUAAAUAAAAAAUAACAUGC